AUGGCGCCCACAAUCCAGACACAAGCACAGCGCGAGGAUGGCCACAGUCGGCCGUCAUCACACAGAACUCUCCCGGAGAGGUCUGGCGUAGUAUGUCGAGUGAAAUACUGCAACAGCCUGCCAGACAUACCAUUCGAUCCCAAAUUCAUCACGUACCCCUUUGAUCAGCACAGGUUUGUACAGUACAAAGCCACAUCUCUGGAGAAGCAACACAAACAUGAACUACUAACCGAACCGGACCUUGGUGUCACCAUUGAUCUAAUCAACCCAGACACAUACCGGAUCGACCCCAACAUACUAUUGGAUCUAGCAGAUGAAAAACUAUUAGAAGAGGACAUCCAGGCUCCAUCCAGCUCAAAGAGAUCCCAGCAGCACGCCAAGGUAGUGCCAUGGAUGAGAAAGACGGAAUAUAUUUCAACUGAGUUCAACAGAUAUGGCGUCUCCAAUGAGAAAGUAGAAGUCAAGAUCGGCGUGUCCGUCAAACAGCAAUUUACAGAAGAGGAAAUCUACAAGGACAGAGACAGCCAAAUCGCUGCUAUUGAGAAGACCUUUGAGGAUGCACAGAAACCGAUUACCCAGCACUACAGCAAACCCAGAGUUACUCCAGUUGAGGUUUUGCCCGCCUUCCCAGACUUUAAGAUGUGGAUCAACCCGUGCGCUCAAGUAAUCUUCGACUCCGAUCCAGCUCCGAAAGAUUUUUCUGGACCAGCAGGCGUAGAAAUGAUGUCUCAAGCAAUGAUCAGAGGUAUGAUGGACGAGGAAGGAAACCAGUUUGUGGCCUACUUCCUGCCCAACGAGGACACGCUUCGCAAGCGUAAACGAGAUUGUGACGAGGGACUUGACUACAUGCCGGAUGACCUGUAUGACUACAAGAUAGCCAGGGAGUACAACUGGAACGUGAAAAACAAAGCCAGCAAAGGUUACGAGGAGAACUACUUUUUCAUCUUCAGAGAUGGGGAUGGGGUUUAUUACAAUGAGCUGGAAACAAGGGUGCGUCUGAGCAAGAGGAGAGCUAAGGCGGGCGCCCAGUCCACUACCAAUGCUGUGUUGGUGUGCAAGCACAGAGACAUGAACGAGAAGGAGUUGGAGGCCCAGGAGGCCCGUAAAGCUCAGCUGGAGAACCAUGAGCCGGAGGAUGAAGAGGAAGACAUGGACAUGGAUAAAGACUCUGGCGAUGAUAAAGACAGAGUCAGCGGCAGUGAGGCCGAGAAUUCCGCUAGCGAUUCAGACAGGGAGGACGAAGAUCAGGAGCGGACGACUAGAGAUGAGGAGGACUAUGACGAAGACGAUCGUGACAGGGCAAAGGUUGCCGGCAAGGUCAAGAGGAGGCGGUCGAGUGGCAGCGAGAGCGGCGAAGACCGUGCCCGGGAGAUGCGAGAUGAGGAGGAAAUCUUCGGAAGCGACGACGACGACAGCGACAACGAGCCCAAACGAAGCAGCGGCGACGAGGGUAGCGAUGACGACGAAGAAGGAGGAGGAGGAGGCGGUGGCAGAGAAGGCAGCAGGAGUCGCAGCGCCUCUCCAGCUCAUAGCGAGCGAAGCAGCGACCACUCGGAGGCACGGCCGCCGAGCGCCAGCGGUAGUGAACGGGCAUCAGAUUCCAGCGAUGCAAGUGACUCAGAAUGA